GUCUGGCUGUCAUAACUGGAGGUACCAGGGAUAAAUCGGACACAGCUACCUCUGGUCUGAAUUUGGGAAUCUCCACAAUCAAGUGGGAGCUGGACUGCGGAUUCUGAGAGCCCUGCCAGACAGCAACAGGUCUUCCUGCUGGGUUGAGCUGUCAUGCCUAACACACUAGUGGAGGAAUCCCUUUUCAGUAUCAUCCACUGCUACCACCAGUAUGCAGCCCGUGGAGGGGAUGUGGAGACCUUGUCCCUGGAGGAGCUGAAGGCCCUACUUAUGGACAAUGUGCCGCACUUCAUGGACACCUUGGGCCGGAAGGAGCCAUACUACAUUGCAGAACUGUUCCGGACAGCAGACAAGAACAAGGACAAUCAGAUCUGCUUUGAUGAGUUCCUCUACAUCUUGGGCAAGCUGGUGAAAGACUAUCACCUGCGGUACCACCGGCAGUUGUGUGCCCAUUACUCUGCCCAGCACAACCUCUACUAGAGGGAGGGCAAUUGGAGCCUGUCCUGAGGAAAGGUGUGACCUGGCCACAAGUGGCCAAGUGGAGAACUCUGCUGCAUGUCUACAUGUGGAUAUGUAGACAUGGAUAUACCUGUGCAAAGUCUUUUAUAUGUAUUUAUGGGUUAUUAGUCAGCUUAGUAGAGACUACCCUGGAGAACAUCUAUUUCCAGGAAGACUCAGUUCUGGCCUUCCACUUUCACUCUGUAAGGAGGAGGUCUUGUCUUGGGCAGAUGACUCUCUGAUAAGGAAACCAGGCCUCACCAUACUGUCACUGGUCGUUUAUCCCCUGCACACAGCAUAGGAAUAGAGGCUCACAGGCAGGACUGGACUGUAAAUGGACCCCAAUUUUGAAGACAUCCUGCUCUGAAGCAAGCUUCGGUGAACUCAUACCCCAAGGGGAACCGGCCUGGGCCUGGGAAGGGCAAGAAGGGUGGGAGGAUGCAUUUCUAAAUGGGGAAACACAGUGGGGGACCAGUGUGCUAUGCCCAGGACCAAUAAAAUCUUUGCUUGGAAAUUAGUGUCCAAGGAGAAUGUAUGAACUCAAUGUGAAUGCAUGGGUCAAGAUCAGACUCUGGAAGUCCUUAAAAACUGAGCAGUGGGCUUUAGAUAAUGAGACACUGAGCAGUUGUAUAAGCAGGGAGUGGGACUAUGGUAUGACUAGCUCUGUGCUUUUAGAAACCAACUAGGUGCCAAAGCAUCAGAACAAACAGGGACAAGCUGGGCCCAUUGGGUGGCUCUUGUGUGGCCUGUCUACAGGACCCUGAGGACCAGCUCAACAGCUGCAUGAAGUGACAGAAGGGAGGCAGCUGACAUUAGAGACAUGAGAAUAUCAGUGUCAGACUUUGGCCACCAACUGAGCAGGAAAGGAUCCAAAUGAAUUCAGUUUCAGGUGUUCAUAACUGAGGGAAAGAUGAUGUGAGUUAUGGGCAUCACAGGUGUCCAGGCCAUCACAGGUGUCCAGGCCAGGAGCCACCAUACCAGGAAGACUGAAGGUCAAGUUUUACGCCUUCUGAGUUGGAGAAGGAAAUGAGACCAGAGGCAACAAACCAGAACUGUUCAUGCCUGUCAUGGGUGAGCCAUAAAGAAAACUUGAGAGACUGUCAACAAGGAAGGCUUCCUGAAGGAGGGAGGUGGUGGGUCUGGUUUUUACUAAUAAAACAUGAUGAUGAAUGUGGCCUGUGCCUCUGACUCUUAGUUGUUCAUGACUCAGUGGUCCAGAUCCUAUUGUCCCUGACCUCUCUCACCUGGGACUUGUCCCUGCCUUAUCUCCUUUCUGAGAAUGGGUCUGGGAACUGAUAUUCUAAACUGUGCUUAUUUCUAAACAAUGGGUUUUAAAAGAAUGACAGUUGAUCACUGCAAUGCUUACCUCUAGAAACAUUUUUUUUCUUCUACUGGUUAUUGAAACUAUCCUCAAAGUAAUAAGAACUAUGGGUGUAAUAAAACCCAAAGGGUGUAAAUGUUGUUGUAAAAAAGAAAGGAAAAAAAGUGCUCUAAAAGAUACAACUGCAAGUGUGUUUAGGUGUGUUAAGAUAGAUGACCAUAUUACUAAGUUUUUGUUGGAUCAUUGAACACAAUUGUUUGCAGUCUCACUGUUUGAAUGUCCAUUUUGUAUGCUUUAAUCCUGUAACUUGAACAACUAUUUCUAAGAUGAUAAUGUGUACUCUAUUAACUAGUGAUUUCUUACUGUUUUUUUUUUUUUUUUUUGAAGUUCUGUAUUACUUAUACCCUUAUACUGUUUUGGGUUUUUUCUCCUUUAAAUAAAAUAAAAAUUAAAAAGAAACUAUCCCCAACCCUAUUUAUUUGUUUAUUAUUUAUUAUUUAUUUUGUAUUUUGACAUGUGGUCUCAUUAAGUAACAAGUUGUGCAGGCUAGGCUUGAACUUCCUGUCCUCCUGCCUCAGCCCCUUGGACAGCUAAGAUUAUAGACUUGA